UCCUCCUCCCUCCCUCCCUCUCUCUCUCUCUCUCUCUCCCCUUCUUUUUUCCCUCCUAGUUAUGAAAACGUCACUUCAAGUCCCUCCCUGUUUGAAUCUCAUUAGUUUCUUGUGUGUUUCUCCCUGUCAAUAAUCCUGAAUCCAGACUCUCUCUAUUUCCAUCCCUCUCUAUCUGUCAAUCAGCGCCGCCUUUGAACUGAAAACCACUCCGACCAACUUCAACUCACUCAAUCCGAGCGGCUCGCCUCCUUCUCCGGCUUCCUUUUCCUGCCAAGAUCCCCCCUUUUUCUCUUUUAGAGUUUUUAUACACCCGACAGACCCCGCCAGAGCUUUUUCGGAAAACGCCAGUUGCAGACCCCCCCUCUUUAAAAACAAGAAAGAGACAAGAAAAAGCAACUUAAAAACUCGGACUUUUCUCGAUCCACCAAGAGGGGGUUCUCGCUCCCUCUCUCCCUUCUUCUUCUUCUUCUUCUUCUUGUUUUUUUUCUAGAACUUUUGUGUCUUCUUUUUUGUUUUUUUUUAGCCGCUCGCGUUUUUUUCUACUAAAAGAAACAAAUACAAAAAAGAGGGCAAAGAGACAGAAGACAAGACAUUUUCUCGCUCGGGGAAAAAUGCCGCAGCUGAACGGCGGUGGAGGGGACGAUCUCGGCGCAAACGAUGAAAUGAUCGCGUUCAAAGACGAAGGCGAGCAGGAGGACAAGAUCUCGGACAACUCGUCGGCAGAAAGGGAUUUAGCAGAUGUCAAAUCGUCGCUGGUGAACGAGUCGGAGACGAACCAGAACAGCUCGUCGGACUCGGAGGCGGAAAGACGGCCUCCGCCUCGAUCCGAAACUUUCAGGGACAAAACAAGAGAAAGUUUAGAGGAGGCUGCGAAAAGGCAAGAUGGAGGGCUGUUCAAGAGCCCACCGUACCCUGGCUAUCCGUUUAUAAUGAUCCCCGAUCUGUCGAGCCCCUACCUCCCCAAUGGAUCACUUUCUCCAACAGCACGCACAUACCUACAGAUGAAAUGGCCCCUGCUAGAUGUUCAACAAGGAGGUCUUCAAAGUAGACAAGCACUUAAAGAUGCCAGGUCCCCGUCACCGGCACACAUCGUUGGGCCCUUCUGCUGGGAAUUCCCCGGACAGUCAGAUCUGAGCCUUCACCAAUUUCAUUUGUCUAAUAAGGUUCCAGUGGUACAGCACCCUCAUCAUGUGCACCCUCUCACACCUCUGAUCACCUACAGCAAUGAGCACUUCACACCGGGGAACCCCCCACCCCACCUACAGACAGACGUGGAUCCCAAAACAGGAAUCCCAAGGCCUCCACAUCCUCCAGAUAUAUCUCCUUAUUACCCACUGUCACCCGGCGCUGUCGGCCAGAUCCCCCAUCCGCUAGGAUGGUUAGUACCACAGCAAGGUCAACCUGUUUAUCCCAUCACAACAGGGGGUUUCAGACACCCCUACCCAACUGCGCUCACUGUCAACGCAUCCAUGUCAAGAACACAGAGAAUAUUUUCCAAACCCUUGCCUUUCACUCCCUCCGAUUACAGACCUGAGCGCUCCUAAGAAGUGUCGAGCGCGCUUUGGGCUUGAUCAACAGAAUAACUGGUGUGGCCCGUGCAGGAGAAAAAAAAAGUGCAUUCGCUACAUCCAAGGUGAAGGCAGCUGUGCCAGUCCUCCCUCUACGGACGGAAGCUUACUAGACUCCCCCCCAUCCUCCCCCUCCUCGGUGGCCCCCUCCCCCUCCUCAAAAGAGUCCAAACCUCAGACUGAACAAAUGCAACCUCUCUCACUGACUAUGAAACCGGCCCACCAGCCACUCCACCACCCGCACCUCCUGGCUGGGCCUCCACCGCCAUCUUUGGUUCCGCUGGAAAACUCUGCUGCAUCUCGCAAAAGGCCCGGCGCCUCCUCCCACAACGGAGCCCUGGAGCACGGCGACGUCUCGUCCUCGCGGCAGCCGGGCUCCUCUGUGGCGUCCUCAAUGGCCCGGCCCUCGGCAUCGCUGUGUCAUUCCCACUCGCUCCUCUCCUCCUCCUCGAACCCCCAGCCUCUGUCGCUAGUGACCAAGUCUAUAGAAUAGUCUAUCCUAUUCUCCUUCUCCUCUUUUCUAGCUCCGCUCACACACACUCUCACACAAACAGACAAAUCCUUUCGAGGCCCUCUCUCUCUGCUAUAUCUCACUUUGCCGUCGGUUCUUUUAGUUUUUUUUCUGUUCCUGUGCCACAAGGCGUUGACAUUUUUAGUUUUGGUUUUAUCGAGGUUCAUUGGUCAAUAUUUGACCUGUCGUUAUCAACAAAAAAAAUCUAAUUAUUAUAAAGAAAUGAUACAAUGAGCUGUAGGAUGGCUUUGUGAAUCUGCCAAAACUUUUAUGGAUUUUCGUUUUGUCUUUUUUUGUAACGUUAAAACAGUGCAAACAGAAAAAAUGAUCUAGUUCCACUUCGAUAUGUUCAAAAGACGGAUAUAAAAAGAUAGGUAGAUGUUCAAUGAGCCCUUUUCUUGAAAGAGUUGGUUCUACUUCUUUAUUUGUAUUAAAUACGAGCUUGCGAACCAAUCAUUUGACAUCUGUUCAAAAUCUAGGAGGGCAUGAGGCUAGCGGCGACACCUCUCUGAGGAACAACUUUAAUUGUGAUGUUACUUGUUCUUGUUUAAAUGUACAGAAUAAUGGGGGGGGGCGGGAUUACUGUGUUAAAUAUGCAUUCUUCCACUGCGUUGUCUUUUUAUUUUUGUUUUUGUUGUUGUUUACCUUUGGGGCGGAGUCAGGCAAGUUGGGUGGGCUUGAGUGGGGGUGGGGCGGGGGGGUCGAGGGUUAUUAAAGUAAAAAUGUCACAACGCUAGGACCAGUAGUAUUUAUUGCUUUAGAGAUUGCUUGUUGUAUCUUGUACGUGUCUCUUUUGGACUUUUUUUUUUUUUUUUUCUUAAUACAUUGUACAAAUAUUUUUUCUUAAGGUAAGCGACUUAUAUAUGAAUGAUCCAUUUUUACAAGGAGGUUUUAAAAAGGCAAAAAUCUUUAGUUUUUUUGUUUCUUUGAUUUCUUUGAUUUCUUUCCUUGAUGAAAACCUGGAUUCCACUCAGUGUACUGUGUAGAUCUCAUGAACAGAAGUAUGCACAACUUCAUUUCAAGAAAUGCGUCUAUAAGCCAUUUUACAAAAAAGAGGAAUAGAAAACUUGAACCAGGAGACGGUGGGUACCAUGUCUUCAGUAGAUGGAAACGUGUCCGAAGCCCUUCUUUUUUAUUGCACAGUCACAUCUCUCCGACUGUAGAUUCGUGUACAGAUUUUUCCGUGCCAAAUUUUUGUGAUAAUUUUCUCUGCCCCUCCAACCAUGCUGUAGGGAUCUCUCUCUCCUUUUUGUUUUCCUUUUUUUUUCCCCGUUUUUGUUUUGUUGUCGUUUUUUUUUUUUUUAUUUCGAUUCCAUUCUUUGCUGUGACGUUACAUAGAUUGCUAUGUAUGUAGUAUAAAUGUUGCUAUAACAAAUGUGUUUGGUAGCAAACUGUCAAAUAUUAAAAUUUAAACUUAAAAAGACGGACAUCAUACUGUAUAAACCCACAAGGGCCAAAUUAUGUAUAUUAGGAGGUUCAUAAAAAAACUAUUAAAUACAAAAAAAUACACAAACUGCCACUUUUAAGUACACUACUACAUAUAGGUAGAUAGAAAAAAUAGGCAUGUUGAUGUUGCAAGAGGCUGUAAAAAAAGCUACAAGAGAAUCAUCCACUCGGUGCCAUUGUAGUUGACAUGACGCGACUGUAAUCUGUCAAUUUCUUCUCUGGUUUAUUAAGAUGCUAAUGAUAAAUAGUUUGAAUGUUUCCUUAACGGCUGUGAUGUUCCUGUUCUAUUUUAUGCUCUUAUCUUUUUGUUUGUUUGUUUUUUUCCUGUUAUUUUAAAUGGUUCCAAAACCAUGUUUUUUUGUAAUGAAUAAAUGUUUAUGCUGUACAGUCUCUGUAGCAUGCAGUUCUGUAUUAAUAAAAGCAACUUAGUAUGUGCA